AUGAGCGACGCGGGCUAUCAAUCAAAUCUGAGCCUUUCGCGGCUUUUCCUGGACGAGUUCCGAUCGGUUCUGAGGCAGGAAAGUCCCGGUCUCAUCCCACGCCUGGCCUUUAACUAUGUUCGCGCCUUCUUGUGUUUGCUGGGCCAGUAUCCCAACAAGAAGUUGGCCAGUUUGUCUCUGUACCGAUGUAUUAACUGGUUCAUCAUGUGCAAUGUGAUGGCCACUUUCUGGGCCAUGUUCGUGGCCCUGCCCGAGUCGAAGAACGUGAUCGAAAUGGGCGACGACUUGGUUUGGAUUUCGGGGAUGGCCCUGAUUUUCACCAAGAUCUUCUACAUGCAUUUGCGCUGCAACGAGAUCGAUGAACUUAUUUGGGAUUUUGACUACUACAACCGGGAGCUGAGGCCCCACAAUACCGAUGAGGAGGUGUUGGGUUGGCAGCGGCUGUGCUACGUGAUCGAAUCGGGCCUAUACAUCAACUGCUUUUGUCUGGUCAACUUCUUCAGUGCCGCCAUUUUCCUGCAACCCUUGUUGGGCGAGGGAAAGCUGCCCUUCCACUCCGUCUAUCCGUUUCAAUGGCAUCGCCAGGAUCUGCAUCCGUACACGUUUUGGUUCCUCUACAUCUGGCAGAGUCUGACCUCGCAGCACAACCUGAUGAGCAUCUUGAUGGUGGACAUGGUGGGCAUUUCCACCUUUCUGCAGACGGCGCUCAAUCUCAAGUUGCUCUGCAUCGAGAUGCGGAAUCUGGGCGACAUGAAGGUCACUGACAAAAGGUUCCACGAGGAGUUUUGUCGAGUGGUUCGCUUCCACCAGCACAUCAUCAUGUUGGUGGGGAAAGCCAAUAGAGCUUUCAAUGGCGCCUUCAAUGCACAGCUGAUGGCCAGUUUCUCGCUGAUUUCCAUAUCCACUUUCGAGACCAUGGCUGCAGCUGCCGUGGAUCCUAAAAUGGCUGCCAAGUUUGUGCUCCUCAUGCUGGUGGCAUUCAUUCAAUUGUCGCUCUGGUGCGUCUCUGGUACUUUGGUUUAUACCCAGUCCUUGGAGGUGGCUCAGGCUGCCUUUGACAUAAACGAUUGGCACACCAAGUCGCCUGCCAUCCAGAGGGAUAUAUCCUUUGUGAUACUACGAGCCCAGAAGCCCCUGAUGUAUGUGGCCGAACCCUUUCUGCCCUUCACCCUGGGCACCUAUAUGCUUGUUCUGAAGAAUUGCUAUCGCUUGCUGGCCGUGAUGCAGGAAUCUAUGUAGUCCGUAGUGUACGAGUAUGUGGCUUGUGAAAAUAAAAGUUGGACUUUUCUGGGCGUUUGC